UCAAGUAGAAGAAAUCUACCUCAAUGAACCUAAUUUAGAGGGGGAAUUGGAUUUGGGGGAUUUUACUUAUGAAUAUGGUGUAAAAGUAUAUAUUUCCCCAGCAGCAGAUGAAACCAAACUAAUUUUUAAAAACUUACCUGAAAAGGCUAAGAUUAGUUUGGUAAAUGCUGAAAGGGAUAUUAACUAUCACUAUCCUACUAAAGAAGCAAGAGAAAAAGUAACUAAAUUAGAUAUUAGAAAAAAAAACCUCGAAGGAAAUCUUGAUCUCUCGGAUUUUAUUAAUUUAAAAGAAUUAAGAUGUUCUAAUAAUAAACUAACCUCCCUCAAUUUGAGUAAUUGCUCUCAGUUAGAGAAAUUAACUUGUUAUGAUAAUCAACUAGCCAAUCUCACUUUACCUAAUAAUCCUACUAAUUUAAAAUAUUUAGAUUUAAAUUUUUUAAGUAACCUGAAGCAAUUAAAAAAACUUGAUAUUAGCAACACGGAUCUAAAUGAAAAAAACACUUUGCAAGGACUUGAAAUUAAUUCAGAAGUUGGUAAAUUAAUUCAAGAAUAUUAUUCUAAAACAACUAGUCACCGACAAGCAUUAGAACUAAUACCUUAUAAAGAACUAGAAAUUGAAAAAGAUGAACAGGGAAAUAAUAAAGUUUUAGGCGAAGGAGGCUUUGGAAAAGUAUACAAAGCAAAAUGGAGAAAAGAUAAUAAAACUAAAUCAAUUGUUCUCAAAACUCUCCAUAACUCCCAAAAUAUAACCCCCGAGUUCUUACAAGAAAUCAUUAAUCACAAGUUAUUUUACAAAGAUGAUAGAAUUGUUAAAUGUCAUGGCAUUUCCCAAGACCCAGAAACUAAUGAGCAUAUGAUGGUUAUGGACUAUAUCAAAAAUAGUGAUUUACGACAUUAUUUAGAAAAUAAUCAAUUGGAUUUUAAAAAUAAAUUAGACCAAUUGUGGAAAAUAGCAAUGGGACUAAGAGUUAUUCAUGACCAAAACUUAGUUCAUCAUGAUUUUCACGCUGGUAAUAUAUUGAAUAAAAGCAAUAAGAUUAAGGGUGACAUUAAUACCGCAGUAGAAGAAGAAUACAACGCUUUCUCCAAAAGCACUCCUUAUAAAAUUCUCAAUAACUUAAUUCCAACUAGUAAACUGAUAGAUACUAAAAAAAUCAGUGAACUAAUAUCCAGUAGAAUGUCCAGUUUAAAUUUAGCCAACUAUGACUCUACAGAAUUAAACAUUGAUAUUGAUAUAGAAAUUCCAAAAUCUAACGAAAUACCUAAAAGGUUGAGGUCAAUGUCAAUGGAAGAAGCCCAUCAAAAAGAAACCAAAUCAGUUAAAUUAGAUAAAAUAACGGAAGAAAAAGAAUUUCAACUUGAACCAAUGGAAAUAGAUGAAAAUAUUCAGAACAGAAAUUGA